GAAAAUAUUAAAAUUUAUUAGAUUCGGAAUUUACAUUUAAUGUAAUCCAUUUGAAUUUACAUUUAAUGUAGGAAUUAGUGAAAAUAUUAAAAUGUAGUUAAAAUUAUAUUUUUUUAAUGUAGUAAUGACGACAAAUGCGCUGCCAGCCCUAAAAAUUUAUUGGGAUGGUACAAUAUUAUCGACUCCGGGUGGAGUGGAUUAUGUUUCCGGUAAAUCGGAAAUGGUUGAGCUGACGAGAGUAGUGAAUUUUGCACAACUACAAGUCGUAAUUAGAAGGGUAAUUGGGCUGAACGAUGCUGACGAGAUAGUGAAGAUUUAUCUAAGAGUACCUCGGUUCGAUGAACAUGGAAGAUUUCAAAAAUAUGAUGGUUUUCCUAUGGAGACAGAUGUUCACAUGGAAGCAAUGUGGCGUAAUGUUUCGCGGACGCCACAAAUGAGGGUAGUUGAGUUUUAUAUUGUGUACAAUCCGUUAUCUCAAGUACGUGCGGAUGUAGACGACUGUGCGGAUGUAGACGACUGUGCGGAUGUAGACGACUGUGCGGAUGUAGACGACUGUGCGGAUGUAGACGACUGUGCGGAUGUAGACGACUGUGCGGAUGUAGACGAUGGUGAUGAUUUUAGUGAUGAAGAUGAGGAAGAAGAACACUUCUACGGGGCCGUUGCUGAUGACAACGAGGAUGAUGAUGAUGAUGAUGAUGACAUCGGUGGUGAGAAUGGAGAUGGCACCCAUGGUGAGAAUGUCGGUGGUGGGUCGGAACAAAAUACAGAUCAUUUUGAGUCGCGCCUUCCUCAUGAGUACACGGAUCAGAAUAUUGACGACAUGCGUGUCAAUAUGAAUCUGUGGCCUAAAGAAAAUGCAAUAUGGGAAGCAGGCAAAGAGUUUGAAUUGGGGAUGGUUUUUAGUUCGAGGUAUGCUGUCCAGACAUGCGCGGCGAGUUAUCACAUUGCAGCUAAUAAAGAGUACAAGAGCAGUGAAACAACUGGUAAAACAAUAGUUCUUGUGUGUGUGAAAAAUGACACUUGCAAUUGGAGGUUGCGUGCGUCGCUUUUAAAAGGCGAGUCAGACUGGAUGAUAACAAGAUAUAACGGCCCCCACCAAUGCAGCGGCCAAUCAAUGAACCAAGACCAUCGCAAUUUAAGAGCGCGACAGAUAGCUGACCACAUCGACACGCAAUUGCAUCUGCAACGUGACAUUAGGAUUAAAACGCUUCAAGAGGGCAUUUUUCAAAAACUGCGAGUUAGGCCUGGAUACAAAAAAACUUGGUAUGCCAAGGAAAAGGCCAUUGCAAACAGGUUCGGACAAUGGGACGACUCUUUCAAGGAGAUUUGCAAUUUUAUGACGAAUGUCACCGUUGCUAAUCCCAGGACAGUCUGGCAUGCUACCGGUACACCAAUUGAAAACAAUCCACAAUUCAGAACUUUCAAGCAUAUGUUUUGGACUUACGAGCCAGUGGUGAAGGGUUUUCAGUAUUGCAAGCCUGUGGUGUACAUCGACGGCACCCACACAUAUGGAAAAUACGAAAUGACUUUGCUGAUUGCUUCUGCAAUUGAAGGGAACAAUCACAUCAUGCCGAUAGCUUUUGCAAUUGUGAAGUCGGAAACUGCCGCAUCCUGGAGGUAUUUCAUGUGGAUGUUGAAGAGGUAUGUUUUGGGUGAGCGAAAGGUGUGUAUCAUAUCUGAUCGCGGCUCCGGUAUUAUGAGUGCCAUGGAGGGCCCUGAGUGGGGGGGGGGGGGGGGGGGUGAUACCCACAAGUGGUGUAUUAGACACCUAGUGAGCAACUUCCACAAUGCCUUCAAGAAAAAAUAUCUCAAAAAACUUGCUGAAAAAGCUGGACGCGCAUACCAAGAGCAUAAAAGAGAUCGGUACAUGUCAUUGAUAGAGGCGGAUUCACCUGAGGGUUAUGCGUAUCUUGACCGCCUUGAUGUUACAAAAUGGAGCAUGAGUGGCGACACGUCUGGAAUGCGGCAUGGUGUGAUGACAACAAACUACGCUGAGUCGGUCAACGCGAUGUUGAAGAACAUUCGGGGGCUCCCUAUCACAGCCAUGUUGGAAGCAAUAUUUAACAAGGUCAACUCCGUGUUCAUCAAGCAUGUGAACGACUACAAAACGUGGUUGGCAUCCGGUUUCAUGUGGACCCCAGUCUGUGCACACAGAAUGGAGACUUGGGAAAAUAAGUCAAGGACUCAUACGGCUUCACAGUUCAACGUGGCACAGAAGGUAUUCAAUGUCUUGACCCAGUGCGACAAUGUAAGACAAAAGGGUGGCAAUACACAGCAAGUUCGUCUACUGGACGGGACAUGCACCUGUGGAAAAUUUCAACAGUGGAAAAUUCCGUGCUCCCAUGCGAUAGCUGCCUGCAACCAAUACGGAGAGAACUACCGUGACUACAUUUCAUGGUAUUACAAAUGCGAGUACGGAAUCUUAGCGUGGAGCUCUGUUUCAUUUGAACCCUUAUGGAAUCGAAAGCGUUGGUAUUUUUUUAAAUUAUACGCCGAUUUUGUGGAGCGUGUACGUAGGGAUGCUCCUGUUGACACUGAGCUUCGGCGGUUCGCAGCCAGCACACAGAGAGGCACUAGAGAGGACCGCCGUGACGUUACAUCGCCCCCUAUCGAGCCUUCUAUACCGCCGCAUCGACUACCAGUCAUACCUGACGCGCCGAUAGAUCCGACUACACUGCGACAUCGACGGCGACAGCGGCGUCACCCCCCUGCACCACCUCAGCGUCCGACUGAUCCUAUGCCUCCCCCAGUGGUUUUUCAUCCUUUCAGAGGGCAUUACUAUUACGCGGGGUCCAGCUCUGCACCGCCGCCCUUUUCAUCGGGUCCUCCUUCUUCUUCUGGCCAGUUUUACGGGGAUUCGGCACAUCACUAUUUUCAGGGGUCGUGUUCAUAUCCAGUGCCACCAGGACCUUCUUCGCCUUUUGUUCCACCGCCGCCUGCUUAUGUACCACCUACGGUGCCUCCUUUUCAGGUGCAGUGGGAUCAGCCUACACAGGGUACACAGGACUUUCCAGCUUCACAGGGACUUCCACAGACACCUGGGACUACAGACUUUCUGGCAUAUGGUAGCAGUUGGUUAGGUCUAGACAGCAUGGAGGCGAUGAUGUUCCGCCAACAAGGAGAAUUUGUUACCCCGCCACCAGCUACGACGAGUACGGCCAUUCCACAGGACCAGCAGGGUGACGACGGAGCCGACGACGAGGAGGGCGAUGCAGGAGAGGGAGAUGGUGAUGGCCGCCCAGGUCGACGUUACCUCACCAUCAGUACAGGCCGUCGGGCGAACCGUAACAGAAACAACUUGCGCUCGAACCUCCCGGUCACUAGCAGAUAUGACGAUAGGACUCCUAGCAAACCGCGUAACACUUACGCGGUUUGCCACGUUGGCAGUGCAAACCGCGUAAGUGUUACGCGGUCUGCUUUUGCCUAUGUGGCUCCUCCAGCGAGGAGCCACUAUAUCAACACUAGGGGUGAGCAAGAACCGAAUCAAACCGAAAAACCUGACCAAAUUAAACCAGAAAAUUAUGGAAAUCGAACCGAACUGACCGAAGUUUUUCGGUUAAAAAAAAUUGGUGUUUGA